AAAUCCCGCCUGCCGAGCCGUGGCCGCUGUUGUUGUUGUUGUUGUGACAGGCCCGGCACGAGCCGCCGCCCGCCCGCGCAGGGGCCCCGCCGCCGUCGCCGGCCCCGCUCCCGCCCAGCCCAGCCCCGUCAUGAAGUGGAUGUUCAAGGAGGACCAUGCGCUGGAGCACAGAUGCAUCGAGUCGGCAAAAAUCCGAGCCAAAUACCCUGAUCGUGUCCCGGUCAUAGUGGAGAAGGUCUCAGGAUCUCAGAUUGUUGAUAUUGACAAGAGGAAGUAUUUAGUUCCAUCUGACAUCACUGUGGCCCAGUUCAUGUGGAUCAUCAGGAAGAGGAUUCAACUGCCUUCUGAGAAAGCAAUAUUCCUCUUUGUAGACAAGACUGUCCCACAAUCCAGCUUAACUAUGGGACAACUUUAUGAGAAGGAGAAGGAUGAAGAUGGAUUCUUGUAUGUUGCCUACAGCGGAGAGAACACAUUUGGUUUCUGAAUCCUGGGUCUUGGCUACUACACCAUCCUGCUGUGUAUCUUGUAAAUAGCUGAUCAUUUUCUGUUAUGACAUCCACAGAUGUUCCUUCUAUAUACAUGCAUUUGUAACUGGAUUUAUUUCCUAAUAUACUGAUAGGUCUUGUUUUAUUAGACUGGUAAAUUAUCAACAAUUUUAUUUUGUUGUGCAUUUUUUUUUCUCAUGGCUGUGGAUCCCCAGAGUCUCACUCCUUUGGGGUAUAUGUUUAAUGACAUUGAUUAAAUAACAAAGCAAAGUGAUUGGGCUACCAAAAGAUGAAAAGGAGGAAUAUGCAUUUAUUCUGAUUUUGUGUUGAGGUGUUAGUUUAGCAAAAAUGAAAAUGUUAAAUUAGUAAGGGGAACACUGGCUUUGCUAGAUUAUUCCAAGUAGUAGAAAGAUGCUGAUCAUGUUGAAUUGAGCUAAUAUUUUCCUCUUUCUCCAUUAACAAACAAAGUACAAUAAAAAUUCCUCCCCACAAA